UGAACAGAUUGCGUACAAAGUACAAAUACAGCUGACACAAUCGGCCGACAUUAUUUCUUGUGAAAACUUUCAACUGGCCGGAGCACAUUCUUUCAAAGUCCUGUAACGUUUACUGAUUUCGUCGACUUAUCGUUGGUGUGAACACUUCGAACUACCUGAGUCACAUUGUUUUAAAGAUCCUCUCAGAAGUCGCUAAUUUAUUCGUCUGUUCUCGUUUGUUGAAAUUAUUGAUAUCCAAUUAUGUUGUUGGCAAAAAAUAUGUGGAAAAAAGACGCCGAGAAGGGGGACUUGUACUGCGAUUUGUUCGCAUCGCAGGACAAACAAUUCCUGCAGAUGAAUUUUCAGAUGACAAAAAUGGACAGCGCAGCACGAACCGUUGAGAAAAAUCCCAUUAAUUCGAUAGCACGGCGCCAAGCCGGCAACGUAUCGUAUAAGAAUGGCGACUUCGUGAAAGCGAUGCAAUGCUACAAUGACAGUUUGUGCCUGGCUCCCCCCAAUUCGGAUCUCGUCGGCAUAGCGUAUGCCAAUCGAUCCGCUUGCUUCCUCAAACUGAAAAUGUAUAGGGAAUGCCUUGUGGAUCUCAGACUAGCUAAAGAGGAAAACUAUCCGAAUGAAAAAACCGAUAAGCUUAGUGCCCGUGAAGCUAAAUGUUUAUCAUCUAUAGCAGAUCAACGGAUAAUCAACGAUAUCGGCUCGAAGCUGAGCUACGAUCCGGACAAGACGUAUCCAUCUGUAGCAAAUGUGUUAAAUGUCGAAGAGGAUGACAUUGGUAAUUUUAUAGCGACCGCUAAAGAGGAUAUCGGCGUUGGCAAAACAAUAAUCGUCGAAAAGGCCUUUGCUACCUACUCACUGAUGGGCCACAAUUUGAAGUGUAGCGUCUGCCUGAAAAUAAACACCAAUCUGGUACCAUGCAGCAGGUGUACACGUGCGAUGUUCUGUCACGAGAAAUGUAUAAAUAAUGCCGCACAUGAUGGUGAAUGCGGUCUGGUAUUCGGCGGUUCAGAAGCUGAUGAUGCUGUCGUUUUGAAAGAGGUGCGCAUAAUUCUUAUAGUCAUCGAUAUGUUUGAAAAUGCGAACGAGCUGAUGUAUUUUGUCCAGAAAACUCUUGCCCAUAAGUCAGUAGACUGGCCCGUUUCUGAUGAUAAAACUCAAUACAGUGAUUUUCUCAAACUUCGGUUUCCACCAGUGAAUUCCACGCAAUUCGUUUCUAACCUAUAUUACAUGUACCACCUAGCAUUGGACGUUCCCGAAGUGAGUGAGUACUUCCAUACCGAAAAGCAUCGCCGAUUUUUGAUGCAUCUCCUUUGUCUACAUUAUCAAAUAACCGAAAACAAUACCAACUGGUCAAAACGUUUCUUCAAAGUCAACAAUGAGAUGAAAGGUAUGUACACUCACUGUUUGAUAGGCGUACGGAAUAGAUCUUUCAAAGUGUCCUGUGCACCAAAUGUGAUGAAAUGCGAUCGUAAUGACCUGUUCGUAUUUAUAACAAUUCGACCGAUUAAGAAAGGAGAACAACUGCUGGCCUCCAUUUAUGACUAUAUUCUAUUGGAACCCAAGGAGAAGAGACAGAUGGUGUACUUGGAAAAAUGCAAAACCGUUUGCACCUGUUCACGAUGCGACGGUAUUUCUGCUACAUCGGCACAACGACAAGCAAUAGCAUCCGAUCCAAAUUAUCAAAUCGUUUCGACUAUUGAACGUGAUGCUGAUAUACUGGCUAAUGAGCAAUUCGUUGCUUUUCUGAACAAGUACGGACAUAUUCCUUGGUGUGAUGAACUCGGUAAAGUUGUUGUUGGCUAUAUGAAUUUUUUGCGCGAUAAAUUGUCGAGUCAAUUAUUUUCGUCCGAUAUGAUUAUGGCGGCCGCGGUCGUGAAUGAAUUAUUGUAAAUUGAAAAAUAGGAAUAACAAAUCGAAUAAAUUAAAUCUUAUUUGCUGAACCAUAAAAA